AUGGACUCAGCAACUCUGGAGACUGUACGGACAGUUGUUCCAUUACUCCCUCUCAUCGUCCGCCAGGGCCUAGCACACCUCCUCAACCUUUCCGACUCAUCCAAAUACCUCGACCUGCGAAGCGCCAUCAUCAUCGCCUGUCUUCGCGUUAUUCUCACCCCAAAAGCUCCCCGUAGUAUCUCAUCUGUCCAACGACUUACACUCCGUGACUCUGGUGUAAAGGGGCACAUCUGGGUUAGCAAAUAUGCCAGUCCACAACCCCCAGAGACAUCAGUCCGCGAUGCCCUCAUCAGUACACUCGAACACCUCGGAGGCUCCACCUGCCGAGUCCCCGUUCCCGAUCUCGUUGAUGUCGAGGCCGAGUGGACCGGUUACCGGAGCGGUGUAGCCCGUGGCGCUCCGUUGCCUGACGUGUCGGAGCGGGAGAGGUAUCACGGCAUGAUGCAAGAGUGCAAGAAGCCAACAACAGUCUUGUACUUGCACGGCGGUGCUUACUAUCUCUGUGACCCAGCAACACAUCGUCCUACGACGAAAAAGCUGGCGCAGUUGACGGGGGGUCGGUGUUACUCCGUGCGCUAUCGACUUGCGCCGCAGCAUCCAUUCCCUGCGGCGUUGCUUGACGCUUUUGUGUCUUACUUGACGCUUCUAUAUCCGCCUCCCGAUGCUUAUCAUGAUCCUGUGCAACCGGAGCAUAUUGUGAUUGCUGGUGACAGCGCUGGCGGCAAUCUUUCACUGUCGUUACUCCAACUCAUCCUCGAGCUCCGCAGACAAGACUCUCCAAUUCUGUGGCACGGCGAGCUGCGUCAGGUUCCCAUGCCAGCUGGCGUAGCACUCAACUCUCCGUGGCUUGACAUUACACAAAGCUCUCCAACAUGGGAGAUGUCAACACCAACGCCAUGUGAUUAUCUUCCCAAGCCGGAGGCCAUCAAGAAGCGCACAGUCCCUCCGUGUGAGGCCUGGCCAGCUAACCCACCACGACGCAACAUGUACGUCGCCGACGACCUCGCUGCUCACCCUCUUGCAUCUCUCGUCAUGGCACGCAGCUGGAAAGGGGCGCCGCCUAUCUACCUUUGCACGGGAUGGGAGAUCCUCGCAUAUGAGGACAAGUUUCUUGCUCGCAAACUCGAGGCUGAUGGUGUGCGAGUGGUGUUCGAGGAGUACGAAGGCAUGCCGCACUGCUUUGCUAUGAUGCUGCGUAACGCUCCUGCAACGCCACGGUGCUACAACGGCUGGGCAUCAUUCAUACGUGCCGCAGUGGAAGACCCCGACAAUAUUGAGUCGAGUGCUGUCAUGAUAAGGGCAAAAACAUGCGAAGAGGUGCCAUUGAGGUUUGACCAGUUGAGUGAUGUUUCAGAAGAGCAUAUUCAACAAAGGGUGCUUCAGAAGACAGGGCUAGAAGAUCGGAUUAUAGAAACACCAGUAGCUAAGCUGUAA